AUGAAUUGUUUAGAAGUCGAGGUCGAGUAUGAUAACCAUGUUGGUUGCUUUGUGUUUUGGAAUAAGGAUUGUAUCCCUUUCGUACAAAUGACAGCUACAGUGUUAAGACAAAUCAUGAAAAAGGCUGGAGAGGACAAUCCUAAAAUAUAUUCGGCACAUCUUGACAAACUGUUGAACAAAGAACUAGCUUUUCGAAUCAAGUAUCCGUCUUUUUUCCAACAAUACUCCAUUGUCAAGGGUGUACAUUUCAAGAAUUUUGAUCCUAUGAUAGGAUUCCUAUCAUAG